AUGAAGAAGAAUGAACAGAAACUUUUACUAAAUGAGCAGGACUCUGCUGGUCAAGUCCCUAUAUCUUCCACCACCAAGCUUCGCCAACAACUGAUAAGGCAUGGCGCUCAGGUUGCGAUGAAUCCAUGGGGUCGGUUGCCAAAAGACCAGAAAGAUGUCGCUAUUCGGUGGUACAACUCUCUGCUGGAAUCCGAAGAGAACGAUAAUAAGGACAAUGAUGAGGACAACGAUGAGGAAAAUGAUGAGGACAAUGAUGAGGACAAUGAUGAGGACAAUGAUGAGGACAAGGGAAGCGAUGAUAACGAGGACGGUGAUGAGAAUACUGCGCCAAACUAA